AUGGAAUCCGAGCAUCCUCGCCUCGACAAAGUGAGUGCUGGCCACCUGGUCUUCACAGCGAUAUCCCGUUGACCCUGCUCAAACUUCAGACGCGACAUGUAAAAUAUUGGACAAGAUGCUUGAAGACUUUGCUGCCCCACCACUACACUGGCAACGAGAGUAAUCGAAUGUAUCUUGCCUUCUUUAUUAUCUCAGCUCUCGACAUCUUGGAUGCCUGGGAUACCGUAGCCAAAGAAUCAGAGAGACAGGAUUACCGGAACUGGAUCUAUCACUGUCAGCACCCAGGAGGUGGUUUCCGAAUGUGGCCUGGAACUGAUUUCGGCGAUCUCGCCAACGACGAGAACGCCAAAUGGGACCCUGCCAACGUACCAGCGACUUACUUUGCACUAUCUGCGUUGACGAUUCUAGGCGAUGACUUGCAACGUGUCAAGCGCCGAGAAACUCUGGACUGGCUGCGGGAUAUGCAACGUCCAGACGGAUCCUUUGGUGAAACUCUGGUCGACGGACAUAUCGAAGGCGGCAGAGACCCACGAUUCGGCUAUUGUGCUACUGGAGCACGGUACAUACUACGCGGGCUACAAGAAGGCCCAAUCUCAAUUGACGGAGCGCUAGUAGAGGACAUUAACGUGGAUGCUCUAAUGCGUUGCAUUCAAGCAUCAGAAGUGAGUGAGCCUUACGUCUACAAUGCUCACUAGACUGACUAUCUUCGCAGACAUACGACGGCGGUAUUGCGGAUGAAUCCUUUCAUGAACCACAUGCGGGCUACACAUUCUGUUCUCUGGGCUGCGCCAGUUUCGUAGACCGUGUAAAGAUGCUGGGAUUACCGAAUCAGUGUUCUUCAAGGGUGCCAUCCGAUCCUGAGCUGACUAUGCGCUGGCUGGUAUCACGACAAACGGAUUGGUUGGAUCCAGAUGCCGAGUUAGAUGGUUACCAAAGUGGAGAUGCGGGUGAUGAUUUGCAGACUCUGAAAGCCGACGACGAAGACUCUCGAAAGGUCUCGACAACACAAUUGCACCAAAGCCCCGACAAGACGACUUUACUCGGUCCUCUUACCUUAGACCCACCAGAGGCAGGCAUGAAUGGUCGCCCAAACAAAACGGCAGAUACCUGCUACGCGUGGUGGGUAGGCGCGUCCCUGGCAAUGCUUGGUCAACCAGAUCUGUUCUGUAAAGCUAGGCUCAGGAGGUACUUGCUUGUAAGUACCCAGCAUGCUGCGCUUGGGGGCUUUGGCAAGUUUCCUGGAGAUCUACCGGACCUCUACCACAGUUACCUUGGCCUUGCAAGCCUCGGAUUGAUUGCACAUGAUGAUGUCAAAGAAGUUGAUGCCACGAUGUGUAUGAGCAAAGAAGCAAGUGGCAGACUAUCAGCGAUAUGGAAGAGGUGGAAUAAGCCAUGCUGA